GCCCCACCCAAACAGGGCGGCUUUGGCGACGCUUGCCCAUGUCCCCUAACCUUUCGUAGCCAAUAGCGCCGCGACGCUCCGGUGACUCACUGGGGCGACCUAUUCACGACGUUAGAUGAUGCAACGUUCUAGUCAAGGACUCCUCAGGUCCUUGUUUCGGUGACAAGGCUGCGGCGUGUUGGUAGACGAUGUCCUUGGAGGUAACCCGGGCGACCGCAGCGAUGGUACUCGCAGAGCUAUAUGUCUCAGACCGAGAGGGAAAUGAUGCCACCGGUGAUGGAACCAAGGAGAAACCUUUUAAAACAGGUCUAAAGGCUUUGAUGACAGUAGGAAAAGAACCAUUUCCUACCAUUUACGUAGAUUCACAAAAAGAAAAUGAGAGGUGGGAUGUUAUUUCUAAAUCACAGAUGAAGAACAUUAAAAAGAUGUGGCAUAGGGAACAAAUGAAGAGUGAAUCCCGGGAAAAAAAAGAGGCAAAAGACAACUUGAGAAGAGAAAAGAACCUGGAAGAAGCGAAGAAGAUUACCAUUCAAAGUGAUCCAAGUCUUCCAGAGCCAAAAUGCGUGAAGAUUCACGCAUUAGAAGGAUAUAGAGGCCAAAGAGUAAAGGUGUUUGGCUGGGUCCACAGGCUGCGUAGGCAAGGAAAGAAUUUAAUGUUUCUGGUGUUGCGAGAUGGUACAGGGUAUCUUCAGUGUGUCUUGUCAGAUGAUUUGUGUCAGUGUUACAGUGGAGUAGUCUUGUCCACUGAGAGUAGUGUUGCAGUGUAUGGAAUACUGAAUCUUACUCCGAAGGGCAAGCAGGCUCCCGGGGGCCAUGAGCUGAGUUGUGACUUCUGGGAACUGAUCGGGUUAGCCCCAGCUGGAGGAGCUGAUAACCUGAUCAAUGAGGAGUCCGACGUUGACGUCCAGCUCAACAACAGACACAUGAUGAUCCGAGGAGAGAACGUGUCCAAAAUCAUGAAAGCACGUUCCAUGGUCACCAGGUGCUUUAGAGAUCACUUCUUCGAUAGGGGGUACUGUGAAGUUACUCCUCCAACAUUAGUGCAGACACAAGUGGAAGGCGGCGCUACACUCUUCAAGCUUGACUAUUUUGGGGAAGAGGCAUUUUUGACUCAGUCCUCUCAGUUGUACCUGGAGACCUGCAUUCCAGCUCUGGGAGAUGUCUUUUGUAUUGCACAGUCAUACAGGGCAGAACAAUCCAGGACACGAAGGCACCUGGCCGAAUACACGCACGUGGAAGCAGAGUGCCCUUUCCUGACCUUUGAGGACCUCCUAAACCGAUUGGAGGACUUGGUUUGUGACGUGGUAGACAGAGUCUUGAAAUCGCCUGCAGCAAGCAUAGUGUAUGACCUCAACCCGAACUUCAAGCCCCCCAAACGGCCUUUCAAACGGAUGAACUAUUCAGAUGCUAUUGUGUGGCUAAAAGAAAACAAUAUAAAGAAAGAAGAUGGAACUUUCUAUGAAUUUGGAGAGGAUAUCCCAGAAGCUCCUGAGAGACUGAUGACAGACACCAUUAAUGAGCCAAUCUUGCUGUGUCGAUUUCCUGUAGAGAUCAAGUCCUUUUAUAUGCAGCGAUGUCCGGAGGAUUCCCGCCUUACUGAAUCUGUUGACGUGUUGAUGCCCAAUGUUGGUGAGAUUGUGGGAGGCUCAAUGCGUAUCUGGGAUAGUGAAGAGAUGCUGGCAGGUUAUAAAAGGGAAGGAAUCGAUCCCACUCCCUAUUACUGGUACACAGAUCAGAGGAAAUAUGGCACAUGUCCUCAUGGAGGAUAUGGCUUGGGCUUAGAACGAUUCCUAACCUGGAUUCUGAAUAGGUAUCACAUCCGAGACGUAUGCCUGUACCCUCGCUUUGUCCAGCGCUGCAAGCCAUAACCGAGUCCUCCUGAAGCACGAAGGAAAGAAUACAGUUUGUGAGAACAACAGACUGCCUCUUUAAAAAGAACAAAAGCCAAGAUCUUCCCAUUUUUAUUCCAUUGGAGUAUAUCUGGUUCUGUUUUCUCUUUUUGUUUUCUAUUCCUGCUAUCACAAAAAGCAAUCCAGAUCACUUGAACAUCAACUGACAUCGAUAUUGUCAUUUUAAGAAAAAAAUAUCCAUUACAAAAGUUGGAAUAAUGAUGUGGUAUGUAACUCUGCAAUUAUGAAUGCAUUUCAGCAUUUUGUCUACUAAUAGGUUAUGAUCUUUGCCUCGUAUAUGCCAUAUAUAUAAUUAAACAGUUUUUAAUUAUGGUCUAAGACAUUCCAGUUUAUCUUUCUGUACUUUUAAGUGUAACUUAAAUUCUUUAUAUCAUUUUAUUAUAUCAAUGAGUUAAACAUCUUGGAGAAAAAUUGACAAUAUGGUGUAAAAAUCUGUAUCAGAGUAUAAUUCAACAGUAGAUACUUGAAUUAAAUGAAUAGUCUCUUGUAUCAGUUAUUUUUUCUAAAUCUGUAUAGCUGCUUAAUUCUGAGGCAUACAAAUACAUAUGGAAGAAUUUGUAAAAAUGGAAUUGCCUUAACAAUUUGAAAUAAGAGCAAAAUUUUUUUUCCAGUGCUUCAAUGAACAGCAUUCUUCUUAGUAUUACUUUUAGCUAAAGAGGUAGGUUGAUCUUCCUUCUUUCCUAGUAGUUCCUAAAUAAUUAAGAAUAAAUAAGUUCCAAAAGAAUUUACAGCUAGAAUCUUAAUGAUGACUGUAAGUGACUGAGUUGUCCCCACCAUGCACUCAGAUCUGAUCUGUGCUACCUUAUUAACUCUUAGCAGGUGUAUUGAAUGGCUUCAUUUCAGAUUUGGUUAAUUUCUCCCCAAAAAUGCAUGUCAAGUAUUCUCAAUGUGAUGUAUUCACACCAGUCAAUAAAUAGACAUGUAAAAGCUC